AUGGAAGACUCCAAAAAAAUAUAUUGUUCGAAAACACAAAAAGAGAUGCUCAUCCAACUUCUGACAAAAGAUUCACAAUUGAUUUCUGGGAAGUUUACAAGCACUUUCACGUUUAAAGAUGCUCGUAACAGAUGGAUUGAAAUCGCCGACACUUUAAAUGCAAUUCCCGGCUGUGUCAAAGAUUGGAGUCAAUGGAAAAGAACUUGGCAAGAUUCACGUAGUAAGGUUAGAAGUAAAAAAGCUAUGGUAAACAGACAUGUAAAUGGUACAGGAGGAGGACCACAAAUAUCGCAAACACUUACUCCAAUCGAGAACCAAAUUCUUGAUCUUGUUAAUCCUAUCACAAUUGAUGGAGAUGAGACCAUUUCAAUGCCGGUUACUAAUUUUGAGUUUGGUGACAUAAGCAGUUAG